ACUUCGACAACUUCGAAAGAUCACUAAUCCUAGCACCAUCCCUUUUAUCUCUCUCUCUCAACAGAGCUAGAAACAGACACUUCCUGUCUUGACUAAGAACGCAAUAAUUUUGUUUAGAUUUAAUAUCAUGAGAUGCAUGUUCGUACACUAUCGUAUCACGACACAAAAUGCUACUACAAAGGAAAAAUGAAGGCAACCAUCUCAACAGUCAUAUAAAUUUACCAAGACUUGGAUCAACCCGAGCUCACCAUCGCUUAGGCUGAGUUACCUGUCUCGUCAACCAUUAAUGCUCCAUACGAAGACACUGUCUCUUAUUUCUAUCCUACUGCUAUAUAAACCUUUCUUUCACUUCAUCUGUUUCAUCGUUGUAUGCAACUCCGCCCCCCCUCUCUCUUCAUUUACUACUUUCUGUCUGUAUUCAUAUAUCACUAUUAAUUUCCUUAGAAGAAAAUGAAAGGGAAGUUUCUAAAGGCAUGCUUCACAAAGUGGAGGAAGAUGGGGAGUAGGGUCAUACCUUGUAGCAGUGGCGAGUGUUGUUAUCAGUGGGCAAAGUGGACGAAUUCCAUGCAUGAAGGAAGCUCAAUCCCUAGCGAUGUGCCAAAGGGUCACCUAGUAGUGUAUGUUGGUGAAAACUAUAAGAGGUUUGUGAUUAAAAUCACCUUGCUCAAGCACCCGCUAUUCAAGGCAUUGCUGGAUCAAGCUCAGGAUGAAUAUGAUUUCAACACCGACUCCAAACUCUGCAUUCCAUGUGAUGAAAGCCUCUUCCUCAAUGUUGUUCGAUGUGCCAGCUCUCGGCCAGAUCGAAAACCUCUGUGUCUUUAGGCAUUCUUCCACAUAUGUGAUUGAUAUUCACGAGGUUCGAGUCCAACUCAGGAUGCUAAUAUGUAGUAUACUGUAGAUUUUUAUAAACAUAAAUUCUUUAGCCUAUUAAUGUUAAUUGGACUGAACUAUGCUAAA